GGCCCUUUCCUUGAGGUUGUGGUAGCGUUGACAUGAAGCGACGUUGUCAAAUCUCUCAUAGCCCCACUCUCUUACGAAGGCAUUCCCCGACACUAUUCAGCCUGAUUCUGGCCCAGCUUGACUUCACUGCGACGUGCUAGCCCGGGUCGACUUGUGGUCCGUGAAGGUUGCCAUCUGGCCAUACCUUAAGUAACACUGGUGUCUUGACCCUUGACUGCGCAUUCAAAAGAGGACAAAAGUACUACGUCCGGAAAUCGGACGGCUCAAGUGGCACACAAUCUUGCGCGCGAAAAUGUCCACCAACAUGUCAGUAGAUGAAACACCGGACGGAGUUGUCAUACUCGACGGCACUGGUUUGGAGGGUGGAGAGACUGCUGAGAUGCACGACUGCGGCGAAGUGGAUGGGCAGCUCGUUCUUGAAGACUCGGAAGAGAGCAACGACGGACAUAGCCCAGUCGCUCGCUAUUCCCCAGAUUCGUAUGUAAGCCCACGUCGACGUCUGCAGAAGCGCGAUCCUAGCUUGAACACAAUCGACGUGGAACUGAAUACUGAGAACAUGGUCACUUCGGGAUCAGACAGUGACGACGAUGAGCUACAUGUCCUAGAUCAAUCUAUGGACAUACGCGCGAGUUUGGAGACUGUCCUUAACGGCGACCUUGCCGAGUCUUUCAAGGGCUCAUACGCGUUCAAUUGCACGUACACCGAUGCGCCCAAUCCUGGAUUGCACUUAUCUGCCAACAAUAUCGGUAUUAUCGGCCUCCCGCUGAGUCAAAGAGAGGCAAAGGUUGUCAUGUCGGGUUGCCGUCCAGCGACAAAGCGAAGUGCGGGAGACAUAGCAUGUGGUGCAUGGGUAAUGGAUGCUAGUCAGGUGCUUUUGAGAAAUUCGGCAUGGGAGGGAUUUAUCCAGCGCGUCGUUGGGGAUGCGUGUGCAGCAUUUGGCGUUGACGUCGAAGAGAGUGAGCCGCGUUGUGAAUUUUCUCAGAUGUUGUUCUAUGAAGCGGGUGCACACAUAGACAAAUCAAACGACGUGUUCGCCAUCAUUCACGUUGUACUACCCUCAGAGUUCACAGGGGGCGCCUUGCAGGUCUUGCAUGAAUCACAGCGUACCGUGUUGAACGGAUGCGCUGACAGCGCUCUCAAGACCACAGUACACUCCUGGCAUGCGGAUGCUAUUCAUGAACUGCAGCCAAUAACCAGCGGCUAUCGACUUGCGCUCUCCUACAACAUACUGCACGCGCCGAAUGCACCCAGACCCACACUAUCCAAUGAUUCAGCUGCUAUUGCAGAACUGCGGCACGUUUUGCUCUCCUGGAAGCAGAGCACCAGUGCCGAUACGCCGCGGAAGAUUGUCUAUCUACUUGACCAUCAUUAUCCCCAGGCUGACCUCAAGGCCAGUAGCUUGAAGGGGCCCGAUGCUCACAAACUGUCCCUGUUAAGAUUACUAGCCCAGCAACAUGGAUUUUGCCUCGGAUUGGCCACCUUUGAGCGUUACCUCUACGGCCGCUUAGAAGACAAUAGCUACCGUCUUAUCAACGGUGUAUCAGACUUUGACGAUGUCUACGACGAAAGUACUUGUAUUUCCGACCUUGUCAAUCUGGAUGGAGAUCCCCUACAGUCUGAAGUAGAGUUCGUCGAAGAGUACAUGAUACCCGAGGACCCAGUGGCAACGGUGGAGUCUGGAGCUCAUGAUGAACAAACUUGCGAUGAAUCUGGGGGCGAUGAAUUGGAUUUUGUGAAGCGAUGGUAUCGCCGCACUGCCCUCGUAAUCUGGCCUCGUCAGUUCGAUCUUAACAAGACAUUCGAGGACGACAUAUCCUCAAUGGCCAAAGAGCUCGCUGAGGCUGGGUCGGGUGCACUACGCAAACGGGAGCGUGAACUGGUUGAAUUUCUCUUCAAUCUUGCGCAAGCCCACACAGAGAAGAAAGACGAAGUUGCACGAGCUGUGUGCGCUGCCGCUUCUUUUUGUCAAGACUUCGAACUCUGGAAGCGCGCAGCUUCAUUAUGCGAAGCCACAGUCAAGGCCCUUGGAACGGAUAUUGUGCUCCGCUCAGUCGAAUCGUUUGGCUUCCAGUUUCUGCUACCCAUGUUGGAGGAAAUGGUGCUGAUGGAGGUAGACAACAUCGCCCUCUUUCGGCUCUUCGACGCACUAGAGAACUGGGCAAUGACAAACCAAGCAGUGCCGAAGCAGGACGUCCUAGACUGGGUCAGCGACCAGCGUAUAUUAGCGAUGAACCAUCUCGCGAAACCGACAACAGACGAUUGCCAGGCUUUGCUAUGUGCGGCUUUGAGAUAUGGUGGCAUAACAGCACUGCAGGACACGGUCGUGCCUCAGUUGAGCAGGAUAUCUGACCCCGACUUCCUCUUAUCUUUCGCCGAGUCACUGAGACAGGAGAAGCUCAAGCCGGAGGUUUCCCUCGAAGACCAGGUCAAGAUCUCAACUAUGUGCGUAGACAUCCUCUCUGCCGCGAUUCGACGAGCGGACUUCUCCAAAGCAACCAAAUCCGAGACCGUUAAAUUCGGCCAUGCUCCGUAUACACGAGAAGAACGAGUCCCCGACCCAGCUAUAGCUAUGACCUACGUCGAUGCUUGUCUGACGACAGACAGCGACAAGCUCGUAGGACAGCUCGUUCAGAAGCUGACAGACAUGCCUCAUCUACACCACAUGGCAGCGCGGACGCGAAUGAAACAAGUCCUGAUGCCUCUGAUUCCCCUGGUCAAGGAGAAGGUCAGGGCACGUCCCGCGAAUGCACCUGCACUCCCUAGCAUCACCGGGCUCUACGAAAAAACAGUGCAAUUGUAUCUCCAGACUUGGCCCCCUCAAACCGCUCCCACCAAGGACGAUCUCGUAUGGCUCGUUCAGACCUCCAUCGUCUACUGUGGUGGCAUCGAUUUUCUCGAGAAACAAAUAUGGCCUGCAUUGUCAAGCGUGGCAUACGCCGACAAUGCGAUGCUAGAACUCAUUGAUCUUCUGCGCGUGCAUGCCCACGUACUCCCUGCGUCAAGGAGGGGCUCAUCUAUACAGUCUCUGACCUUGAAAGCGGUACGCUGCAUGAUCAAGAGAGCCAACUUCGGGGCAGGCGCGAAGCCACAAGCUCAGCCAGACGUCAUCAAAGCUAUUGAGCUUCUCUCACUAUGUCACAAAACCGAUUGCAUGACUUCCUGCUCCCUUCUCUUCAGGCAGCUGCUUGCGCCGCCUUCUAUCUCUCCGGAGUACAUUGAGCACAUCCUGGUCCCGUUCAUACCCGCGCUCCGGCAAUUUCUGCUGGAGAAAGGCCUGUCCUUGUCCGACGAGCCCUGCAACGCGGUCUUCAAGACUAUCCUUAUGCUUUGGGCGAAGCACGUCCUUGGACCCAAGCCCAACGACACCCCGGCGGACAUGAUGCUCAUGUUACAGAGCCACAGAUGCACGUGCACGGAGUGUACGCAGGCGUUCCAGUUCUUGACGAGCGGCGAAGACAAGGAACGCCAGAUGUACAGGAUAGGCGCGGCAAAGAGGAAGCACGUCGAGACGCAGCUGACCGCGUAUGCACGGCGGUGCGCUACCUGGACACCGAUCCGGACUUCCCCACAAGGGCUAACGAUUACCAAAGGCGAUGUCAUCUACAGGCCUGUGAAGUGGAAGGCGAACAUAGCGAAAGUCCCUCAAUUGCUCGCGUCAAUCAGCCUAGACGACGAGGAGUUGCGAAGGAUCCUCGGGCCUGACUAUCAAGUGAUCAUGGACAUGAUGGACGGGCGUAUGCCAGAGACCGCCGCCAAUACGACAAUUCCUAGCCGCUUAGGAAACGGGCAGUACGUGCCCAAUCAGUCUUCUUCGGUACAGUCAACCUCUUCUCUGCCGCAAGGUGUAGCUUCGGGGUCGGUCACCUCUACUCAUCCUACCAAGUCAGCCCCGUCGAUCUCUGCAUCCGUUGCUCAGUCGGCUACUUCGGCCGGACGCACUCAGACUUCCAUCGCUCCGCCGCCUGCUUCUACACGCCCUAUCGUUCCAGUGUCAAGCGCGGGACAAGCCGCGGCGCCCCUGACUGUCAUCCGGAGGACCAAACAAGCCGCGAGGAAGUCUGCCUACGGACGUCCUCCGGGCCUCGUACCACCGACCAAUACGACGCCCGCACGUCCUGCUACUAGAGGCCCUGCCCAGCCAGCGUCCACGUUGCCAUCUGUUCUUGUCCGCGAGCCGGAUAUAGUCGACUUGUCUGCCCCUCGAAUGGUCGCACCCCGUAAACAAUCUGCCAGGAAGUCUGCAUACCUAUAUCCUCCACGCCUCGCAGGCUCGACCAGUGUGGCGUCCGCACAACCCGCUGCCAGUAUGCAAUCUUCUGCAUCUGCGACCGCGUUGACGUCUCCGAAUCGCAAACGCAAGCGGGCUCGGGUGUCGUACGAUACCUCCGAUGUAAUCGACCUGACUGAUGAUUAGGUGACGUCCGCCGUCGUUGCGUCCUUCUGGAUCUGCUGUCUUGCUUUGGUAAACCUUUUAUCGUGAGAUACAUACUGUACAGUGUACGAGUCGUGUAUAAUGCGCACAUCAGUCUUGCAUGAAGGCUUCCCCCGGCCAUGGU